AUGGUUUCAAAAAGAACUUCCCAAUUAUUGGCCUUCCUUCUGCUGGUCGCCUUCUACUCUGUUCGGAGCCAAUUGGUAGAGUCGGUGAGCAUUCUGGAGAACAGCGAACUAGGUACUGUGGUGUACGAUCUCAGAGAGCAUCUGCUACGUGUCCUCGAUCCUGGUCAAAUGGUCAACGUGACAGCAUAUGCAGGACAACAAGACCUUUUUUGGCCAUUUGCGCUUAAAGACCUCCGUAUUAUCGUCGCCCGACCACUUGAUAGAGAAGAGAUCUGCGAGAAGCAGAGAGUCUUCGACCUCAAUCAGCAUCUUAGCGGUGCUCUAAAUAGUGGCGACUGUCCGAUCUAUCACUGCUGCCAACUACUCCAUAUUAACGUUGUUGUGAGCCCUACCAGUCCCACGCAGGUUUUCUUCAUUCGAGUGGCUGUUCAGGAUCUCAAUGACAACGCUCCCACCUUUCCUCACCUAGAGUCGCCAUUUGCCACUAUUCCAGAAGAUCUACCUGUGGGUGAGAGGAUUCCCCUUCCCGAAGCUAUCGAUGUUGAUAGCCGACCUUUCGGAGUUAUGGACUACCGAAUUGCUCGAUGGAUUCAAGGAAAUGCUUCUCACUUCCAAUUGAAUACAAUGACGGAUCAAGAGGAUGAAGUAAUAAGUCGAAGCCCCACCCUUGGCUAUAUGAAAACUGGCCAUCCCUAUUUAAACGUUGUAUACCCUUUGGAUCGAGAAACUGAAGAAAUUUAUGAAUUUGUCCUGGAGGCGAUAGACGGGGGUCAAAGGGAUGGAGGAAGCCCCUUUACAGGAAGUGUCGUCAUACUCAUUCGAGUGCGUGAUAUCAAUGACAAUGCACCGGAGUUUGAUGAAAAGUCUUACAGUGCGGUGGUUCAAGAAAAUACCCUUCCUCGAAAGGUUCUUCAGUUUAGAGUGUCGGAUAUGGAUGCAGGAGAGAAUGGAAGAGUUUUUCUCACCAUAUUUGAUCCAACUCACAAGGCCAGUAGUCUAUUUCGAGUCGCUCUACAAAAUAGUCUUCCACCGUCGGAAGUGAUGAGCAGAUAUUCUCAAACUCGACGCACACCCGGCUCAUUCUACAUCGCGUCAGUUCACUUACUUGAGUAUCUGGAUGCGGAACAGUUACCGCCACGAUUGAAAUUUCACAUCACUGCCACUGAUAAUGGCCAACCUCCACUGAGCUCACGGGCAGAGGUUAAUGUUGACAUAAUAAAUGUGAACGACCAGGGGCCGAACAUUGUUUUUUUGCGAGAGGGCAAACGCCUUGCCUCAAAUCGCUUAGCAUUGCCUGAGGUGAUUACGGCACCCGAAUCCAUUGUGGCGGAGGUGCAUGUCACAGAUGCAGAUUCCAACUUGGGUCAGUUGAGUUGUCGCAUCACCUCUGAAGUGGACGCUUUCCGCCUGACUGAGAUAAAUCCCUUCUCUAGCAGCAGCGACUCUACUGGGUCCGUUCUAACGAAUUUCAGACACUCCAUCACCUCUUCAUCCAUUUUUCCUUCCACUUCCUCCUUUCUCUUCCCUUCCUAUCGGCAAUUCACUCUUCGAACUAAGGUGAAUUUGGAUAGAGAAACAAAGGCGUCCUAUACGGUGAGUCAGGUUACAGUAAUGUGUACAGACAACGAUUCAGCCAAACCCCUCACCCGCAAUGCCAGUCUUCAAGUCAGCGUUAGCGACAUCAACGACGAGACACCGAGGUUCGAACACCCGUCUUAUCAGGGCCACGUCAGAGAAAAUGAAGCCAACGCACCAGUAACACACCUCUCGCCCUCUUCAGCACUUCGCGUGACCGAUUCUGACGUGGGACGCAACGCCCUCAUCACCUUCUCCUUGGCAGAGGCACCGGAGAGGGCGAGCAAAGGACGCUCACUGAACACUAGCACUCGUGACAUCUCCGAUGUAAGCCACUUUCGCAUCGAUCCGCGUUCUGGUAGACUCUGGACGGUGUCAGCAUUAGAUGCCGAGGAGGACGUUCCGGGUGAACAUAAGUACAUCUUCUACGUAGUUGCCACUGACGACGGUGUUCCAGAAAGAAGAUCCAGCUCAGCGUUGGUCACUGUCUUCAUCGAAGAUGUGAACGACAAUCCGCCAACAUUUGAGCAUUAUCACUACAACUUUGAGGUGUGUUUGAAGUCCCCUUAA